CUUUUGCACACCAAUCCUCAUCAACAACGAUGCGCACGGAGAUCUGCAAUUUUUCUGGCUUCAAGAUCUAUCCCGGAAAGGGUCGUCUGUAUGUUCGUUCUGACAGCAGAGUCUUCCGUUUCAUCAACCGUAAGUCUGAGUCGUACUCUCUUCAGCGUCUAAAGCCUUCCAAGCUUGACUGGACUGUUGUUUUCCGUCGUCUUCACAAGAAGGGAAUUUCUGAAGAAACUUCCAAGAAACGCACUCGUCGCACUGUCAAGGUUCAGCGUGCCGUUGUUGGUGCAUCUCUUGAUGCCAUCAAGAGCAAGCGUGACCAAAACCCCGUCGCACGUGCUGCCGAACGUCAAAAGGCCGUUGAAGCCAUUAAAGAAAAGAAGAAGAGCGAUCAGGCCAAGAAGAGAGCCGAGAAAGCAAAGGCUGGCCAUGUUGCCCCCGUCCAGAUGAAGACCAGCAAACAGCAGGCCAAGGGAUCUGCUCCAAAGGUUGCAGCCAAGUCGCGUUAAGCUACUACUGUUUUAUAAAUCCUCAAGAACAGCUUUGUUUUCACAACUUUUUGUACUUUUAAAUUGGUUUGGUUAGUUGAGUAGUUCCAAAAUAGAUGGAGUCUGGUUGAUAGCAGAUUAGCGAAUAGGAGUUUGUUCAAAAGUGUCUGCAUCAAACUGCAAAUUGAAUGUCGCGAGUCUAGCAAUACUGCGU